GCCGACGCUCGAGUGCAAGUGAUGCGCGCACGCUCUGAAGCCGCAGGCUUCUGCUACCAGUGUGGCUACGAGAUCACACCGACGGCACGGAUGAGCAACACCAACCAAGUCUACACUCAACGCGUGGCCAUACGCCUGCUCGAUCCGGUAGGCCGCACUCGCACUUUACUCGACCGUGCCGAGCUCACCUACAUAUUCGCGCAGCCAUGA